UUCAUAUGCGACCGUUAAUUUCAAUUUCAAUUGUAAAUAUUGUAAAGUUUUUGCAACAAUGAAAGACUUAAGUAAACUACCUCCUUUAGAUUCUGAGUGUAAAACUCUUUUUAUUAACCAUAUGGGGCUAUUUACCCAAGGAAAAGACGACUGGUUGGAAUAUUCUUACAAGAUGGAAAAGCUUUUCGCCCGUCAAAGACUCUGCUGCAUUACGGAUGAAGAUAAGAAAAAAAUAUUUUUGGCUGCCAUGGGCGCAAAGUCGAUAAAAAUGGCAAAAGCUGCGGUAAGACCAAAGUCUCUUGAAGAUGUUAGCAUUACGUACGAAGUAUUAGUAGAAUCUAUAGAGAAGUACUUGUAUCCGAAACGAGACGAAGCGUUUUACAUUAAAAAAUUUACUAUGAGAACGCAAUGGCCCGGAGAAUCGUUCUUCCACUACGUCGGCGCCCUUCGCAAAAUAAUUCCCAAUUGCCGGUUUUCCAAGAAAAAUCAGCCCAGUAAGCUGAGAAACCAAAUCGUAUCAGGCAUCGGGGAGAGCUUGAAAGAGACCAUUAACCCAAACAGCGUAUCGUUGAGCCAAUUAUUCGAAGUCGGUUUAAAGUGGGACAAGUCUAUCAAUCCCGAAGCUCCUCCCAGGAAGAGGAACCAUAAAGCAAAAAUAAACAGAGUACCGAAAUGUUUCAGAUGUUCCGUAGCCUUAAGCGAGCAUGCUGAUGAACCGUGCUCCUUCGAAUGGGCCGUUUGUUCCUCCUGCAAGGUCAAAGGCCAUUUAUCGAUAGCCUGCAAGUACAAGGACAUUGCAUGUAACAAAUGCCAAGGAGUAGGGCAUGUUACUAAAAUAUGCAAAGCAAAAUAAUAAAUUGCUAUGUUUACUUUGCCAUUAAUUGUGAUAUUAUAUUGGUUGUAAUUAAGAUUAAUUAAAAGUUGAAUAAGUC